AUGCUCCACGGCUACAAUGAUUGCCAGAAACUGGAUAUGUUGGCUAUAGCUUACACCAUUGUCUCGACAGCCAAAGUCGCCUCCGUUGUGAUGCUAAUCUCAAGUAUCUGGUUGCUCGGUCCUAAAUGGCUGCGCAUGGUAAACGGUUUCAUGAUGUUCCAACACUAUAUCGGAGAGAGCUUUCGGUUUUUUGGACCUCCCAGCAUCUUCAUGUGCGAGAAGUUAGACGGGAUGAGAAAAGAAUUCGCACCCUUGUAUGUCAUUUUAUCGUUGGGAAUUGCUCUCAUGGAAGUUCUACUGACCUCUGUGGACUAUUGGCUAUAUUACUUGAUGCACCUCAGCAAUCGAGUGAUCGGGUUUAUGUCGGAGGAGACGCAGGAAAUGCGACAGGAUUUGAACUGGUUGCCCCAGCGAGGCGGCAGUCAUCGAAAUGUUUUUCAGCAGCAGCUCCUUGCUGCCUGGCAUAAACUCUGGCGUCGCUGUUUGCGACUGGAUAGAUUAAUCAAUGAGAUGCUGAAGAUCAGCCAGUGGCAGAUACUUCUGAACUUGCUAGGCUGUUAUUUGUGCGACAUUGCAAUCAUAUUCAAUGUUAUUAUUUAUUCCACUGAUUCCGAGCAUUUUCAUUUAAUCCGUUUCAUAACCUUUAUGCUGCUGGGCAUAUUGUUCCACUCCGAUAUUUCUAGCCUGUUUAUCAUAUUUGGAGUAAAUCGUUCACAGUGGAUAAAUCUGUUGACGUGCAUGGAAAAGCUCUGGUUCACUCUUAGUGACCUUAACUUCGAUCCAACUAAAGAUACUUACGGCAUUGCAAUGCAUCGUCAGUGGAAAAAUCUCUUGGCGAACAUGGAAGAGCUCUGGUUCACUCUUGGUGACCUUAACUUCAAUCCGAGUACAGAUUCUUACGGCAUUGCAAUGCAGCGUCAGAAUCCGGUUAUAGCGACUUUCAAGGGACAGACGAUUUUACGUCGGUAUACCCGGAAGACGCACUAA